AUGGCCCGCUUCGCGCAAUCUCAGCUGGACGAAGCAACCACCUACAGCUCCGGCCCUCCUUCAUCGCCAGACUCAUCCUCUGAUAAAGAGAAUCGUCAACGAAGCGUCAACAAGCGUUCCACUGCCCAGAUGCCGUCCCGAAAUGAUCAGUCCAAGCGUCGCCGCUUGACUGAUCGCACAUCAAAUAUCCAGUCGCAAGGACUGUCGCAACGGAAAGAUGUUCGUUUCUACGAUCCUGACCAACCUGAAGAGGAGCGAAGACGCGUUCGAAAGACCUACAGAGAUCUUACCUCUGAUUUUAAUGACUCACGCACCGAGUAUAUGCAGCCUGGAAACGAUGGCAUCCUCAAAACUCUCGAGACGGCGAACGGGCUUUUCGCAAAAGUCAAGCAGACCUCAGACGCCACCAUUGACUCGCGCCUCCUCGUCAACGCAGCCGACCUCACCCAUAAGAAAACCGCGCAGCUUGCGCUUGGAGAUUCCUCAGCGGGUAUCGAUGUGGAUGAGUUCGUUUCUAAAUGUAUCUCAUAUAUGCGCCGUGGACCCGAUUUGGCCGAUGAGGGGAGCGCUCAGCGACGACAACGCUACCGCCAAACCCAACGAGACCCGAAUGACGGUGACGAGGGAGAUUCCGGCGACGCAAUGAACUGGGACUGGCUGGGCCGCAUGGCUUGUCUUCGUCACAAUUCUCGACCCGCCGUCUCCGGAUUCUUGCUAGGCCCACUGUCAGUCCAGAAGCGUACUCGACAGAAUAUCCAGCGGUCGGGACGUGAACGGUUCGAUGCUACACAGGCUAUUCAGCCCCAGGACCUCGCACAGGAGGAUCUUGGUCAGAAAGAGAAUUUGAACUUGACAGCAAUGUGUAGCCAGAUCAACCAAUUACUCAACAAGACCAUUCAGGACAUCGAGUACCAGGUUAACAGCAUUCUGAACGAAGAGCCAGAUCCUACUGAGGCAAGGGUGCUGGAAGUGAUGCACGAGCACCAUACUUCCCCGACUGGAGGCGUAUGCCUUUUCCGCUUCUGCAUUGAUCCUGAAUCAUUCGGUCAAAGCGUUGAGAACCUGUUCUAUGUUAGCUUCCUGGUCCGCGAUGGCCACGCUGGCGUUUCCAUGUCUGAUCGUGGAACUCCGACUCUUUACCACGCAGUGCCGUACCCACCACAUGAGGCGCAAGCGAAGCGCAUUCAGAAGUACCAGGCCAUCUUCAGCCUGGAUUUUGAGACCUGGCGCGAUAUCGUGGAGGAAUUUGACAUCAAGGAAUGCAUCAUCCCCCACCGUGAGGAGACCCGGGAGGGGACCGGUCAGACCUGGUACGGCUAG